ACACUAUUAACAAAACAAACAAAACUAUGGUGGCGAUGCACUUUAACUUUGGUUGCACUAAAAUAGAUGUUGAACCUACAUUAACUAUCUAAUAUGGGCUCAUGUAAGGCCCCAACCCUUUUGUCUCUUUUUUAUUAGAAAGGCGACAUACGGAUUGGGCUCAGUAUAAUGAUAAAUGCAUGCAACAUAUACGAUAUUGGCAUAUUUUCAAUUAUUAUUUAAUUUUUAGUAGCCUACUUGAAGCUCCAUGGUCCGCAGAGCUCUUUGUUCUGUGCUGAAGAGUUGACGUCACAUGUCCAUUUUUCACAGCCGGAUUAGAGAAAGAUGGCGCCCUCUCAUGUACUAAGAUGCUGCCAACGGGCUCUAGGUUGGAUACCGGUAGUUUUUAUAAAUUUAGUCGUCGGUUGGUCCUACUAUGCAUACGUAGUUGAACUCUGCAUCUUCACAAUCCCAAAUGAUGCAGAACGAAUCAGUUACCUGGUGGUCUUCCACCUCCUCUUUGUCAUGUUCAUCUGGUCGUACUGGAAGACUAUUUGCACAAAGCCUGCCAACCCCUCUAAAGCGUUCUGCCUUCCCAAAGUGGAGAAAGAGCAAUACGAGAAGGAGGAGAGGCCAGAGGAGCAGCAAGAGAUUCUGAAGAAAGUGUCCAGAGAGCUGCCUCUGUACACACGCACGGGCACAGGAGCUGUUCGGUAUUGUGACCACUGCCAGGUGAUCAAGCCAGACCGCUGCCACCACUGCUCCACCUGUGACAUGUGUGUGCUGAAGAUGGAUCACCACUGUCCAUGGGUGAACAACUGUGUUGGCUUCUCCAACUACAAGUUCUUUGUCUUGUUUCUGUUCUACUCCAUGCUGUAUUGUGUCUUCAUUGCUGCCACAGUCCUACAGUAUUUCAUCCGAUUCUGGACACGGUGCAGAAGGAGGUUUGCUGUGCAUUGUCCAGAGAAUCAGCUGCCUGACACUCACGCCAAAUUCCACGUCUUGUUUCUGUUUUUCGUGGCGACCAUGUUCUUCAUCAGCAUCCUGUCACUUUUUUGCUACCAUCUUUGGCUGGUGGGCAAGAACAGGACCACCAUAGAGGCUUUCAGGGCUCCAGUCUUCAGGAAUGGACAGGAUAAAAACGGCUUUUUUCUGAGCUGUAGUCGGAAUGUUGCAGAGGUGUUUGGAGAGCAAAAUAAAUUCUGGUUGUUUCCAAUCUACUCCAGUCUGGGAGAUGGACAAUCCUUCAUUACUCGUCUGGUGCACAUAGACCCAGAGCAGGCCAAUGCCGUCCUACAGUCCAAUGGCAAAAGCAUACACCACAGCGAGGAAAGCAGAGAAGAGGAGGCUGACACAGCUCAAACAGUGUCUGUGACCAUGGAGAGGGAGUCGUAGACUGGCAAGUUUGAAAAAAUUAGUGUGUAUCUGCAAGUGAAAGACGAGAAAGAAAAAUAACAUCUGUAAGAUCUAACAUUUCUGUGUUUUUGUCUAGUUGAUUGCAGUUGAACUGAUGGUUGAUUAUUUUAGGCAGCUGUAGCUUCUACAUCCCAAGCAGACUUCAAGAGCCAACUGUGAUGCCUUAAAACCAGCAGCAUCUGUGUCCAUGACAACCGAUCCAGCAGCAGCUCCCACAUGGACAUUGUCUCCAUAUCAUCUAACCACUAACCCUGUCCAGGAAACACCUCCAUACAGCAUCUAACCACUAACCCUGUCCAGGAAACACCUCCAUACAGCAUCUAACCACUAACCCUGUCCAGGAAACACCUCCAUACAGCAUCUAACCACUAACCCUGUCCAGGAAACACCUCCAUACAGCAUCUAACCACUAACCCUGUCCAGGAAACACCUCCAUACAGCAUGUAACCACUAACCCUGUCCAGGAAACACCUCCAUACAGCAUUCCUAAUACCAUGACUACCAAAGGGACUUGCACGGACACAACACAUUGUUUUCCAUUACAUAGACAUAGACAUAACUAGACACUCAACAUCCUCAAAAGUAGAGGCUCAAUAAUGGAGCUUUCUGCCGGCUCUGUUGAUUAUGCAAACGCAGUCCGCAUCUAGCAAUUGUCCCUUGACCAACACAUUUUGGAAAUUUCUCCUGUGUCCUGUUGACAUUCUCAAUUUGAACCCAGCUGACUUCUUACGUGCCAAUGAUAAAAGGUAUUCCUCACAUUUGCUGGUAUCAUUGAUGUUGUUUAUCUAGUUUGGAACUUGCAUGUAGGAGACAAAAAUCAUUUGUCUGUUAAUAUUGGGAAUGAAAAUUACUAUCUAACAUAAGGCAAAGUAGAUCUUUCAAACAAUUAUGGACAACAGCUGUUUAAUACAUCUGAGGAAAAUACUGUUAACCAUAAAUCAGGUUACUGAAUAGGUAUUUAUUAAUGGUUUAAAAUUACAAAUGUAAUGACUGUAAAGGUAGUAAUUUAUAACAAAAUAAAUAACAUUGUCAGUAGGGUCAAAGUCGCAUAAAACUUUGAACAUCGAUGGUCCAUUUAUUUAUUUUAGUUGUCUUAAUUUAUGUAUUCAUGGACCAUCAAUGGUCUAAGAUAGUCAUGUAUUGCAAAUGUUAUGGAUGGAAAUGAAUGAACUUCAAAGGAAUCAAUUUGGGGAUUUAUAGUAUCCUGCCUAACGAUGCAUUUAUAAAAGAAUACACAAACAGUAGUAAUUAUAUAAGUAGUAGGUACAUUAUGUUGGAAGAUUUACAAAUGUCUAUUUACAGAAGUAAAUUAGAAAUGGCACGGUGCUUCUGAUACUCCUGUUUUCUUGACGUUCCACUGACUUGCUCCACACAGUAGGGUUAGGGUUACUAAGGCUAGGCUGUGUGGCUGACUGCUGGGAUAGGAUGACAAAUAUUAAUUGCUCAAUGGGUUGAUAUUUGCAUAAUCAAAAUGAGGGCCUUUGUCUUUGUGCCUUAGUCACAACACACCAAACACUCGUGCUUUGUGAACUGUGGGAGAGUGAGUUAGUUUACUGUCUCAAUGAAAAUUAGUUCGUUCAUCCAGUGGGGAUGAGUUUGACAUCAACAUUCUCAUUGCACUGUUAAGCAGUGUGUGGCUUUUAUCAUUUAAUGUAGGAUGUAUGAUAAUGUAUGUUCAACUGUUCAAAAGCAUAUUCCAAAGCAUUCUUUUUGAGACUAUUAAUUCAUUAAUUAAUGUUUAAAGAUAUAAAAAAGAAAAAUACUGAACAAAUCUUUUGUAUUUAGUUGUUCGUUUAAGGGAUACUAUUUUAAUUGUUCAAACUGGGAAUUAUGUUGAAAUAUGUUUAUUUAUCGAUUGAUUCAUUUAGUAGGUGACAUUAUAUCUCCAUGUAGUGUCCAGCAAGUUUACAAAAUGUACAGUAAGCUGGAUACUACACAGACACCUAACUAAAGGGGGUCAACAGCACAACUUCAGAAUUAAGUCAUCAACCUUGUAUGAAUUCUAAAGUUGACAAAAACAAUUCUGUGAGACUAAAAUUACUGUUAUGAUCCAUGCAUUUUUUCAAAAGAGCUGUUUGAAAUGUGAUUGGAAUUGUUUGGAAUAACCAGAAGCCCUCAAACAGCUGCUAUCAGUUUCUAAUGUUCUAACCUAUAAAAGUUUGACUUCUAUGCCAUAUUAAUGGGACAGAUAGCACAUAAGCUAAAUCUGUUGAGAAGGGAAAUCAUUGACCAAUUUACUGUUUAUCUUAUUGUAUUAAUAUGUUAAGAUGUUUUAUAAAACAAUUUUGCAUGCUCAGUAUUAUCCCAAAAAUGUUGUAAUAAUAUUACAAAGCCAGUUUUUUCUGG